AUGCCUGUAAGUGUAAAUCCAGACCAAGUGGACUACGGAAACUUUGAUACACAUUUUUUCAGUGGUCAAGACGAAGUUAGCAGUGAUGGAGUCUUGCGAAUUAGUCCUAAGUACAGAUUGAAGUCGAACUAUGCCGCGUUCCUUCCAGCUUGGGAUCCUAAACAGAAGUUUGACCCGCUAACCUUCCACGAGUACCAUGAUCCAGCUUUAAGAGCUGAUCCACGGUUUACAAAUCUCCUCGGCAAGAGUAAGAACGAAGUAGUCAGGAAAAUCACCCCCAAAUUUGGUACUGAGAUUGAUGGUAUCCAACUAACAAGCUUGGAUAAUGCUGGAAAAGAUGAACUUGCUCUAUUGGUAGCCCAGAGGGGUGUCGUGAUUUUCAGAAAUCAGGAUUUCGCCAAAAAAGGACCUCAAUAUGCUGUGGAAUAUGGUAAGCAUUUUGGCCAACUACAUGUACACCAAACCUCUGGUGCUCCAGAGGGUUAUCCAGAGUUGCACAUUACAUUUCGCAGACCUGAUCAUACUGAAUUUGAAAGAGUUUUUCAAGAUAGCCUCACAUCCUUACGCUUUCAUACCGAUGUUUCCUACGAACUGCAGCCUCCAUCAUACACGUUUUUUAGCGUGUUAGAGGGUCCUGAUGGAGGCGGGGAUACUUUAUUCAGUGAUUCGGUAACUGCUUAUGAAAGGCUUUCGCCUGUAUUUCAAGAGUUUCUUGGAAAACUGCAUGUGAUUCAUAGCUCUAAAGAACAGGCUGAUAACUCAAAACUUCAUGGUGGAAUUCAGAGAAGGAAGCCGGUUACCCAUAUACAUCCGUUGAUAAGGGUUCAUCCGGUGCUAAAGAAAAAAAGCAUAUUCGUGAAUAGCACAUUCUCUAGAAGAAUAGUGGAGUUGAAAAAGGCUGAGUCUGACUUGUUGUUAAACUUUCUUUAUGAGUUGGUUAAUACGUCGCUAGACUUGCAACUUCGGGCAAAGUGGGAGCCAGGCACCGUAACAAUUUGGGAUAAUCGCAGAACUCAUCAUUCGGCAACGAUCGAUUGGGAAGAGCCAAUUUCUCGGCAUGCUUUUAGAAUAACACCACAAGGUGAAAGACCGAUUGAAGAUUUAAAAUACCUUAACGAUAGAAGGUAUUUUCCCUCUGAGGCGACAAAGAAUAUUUGA